GAAGGGGCGGGACGCGGCGCAGGGAGGUGGCAGGCCGGGACUGGGCAGGAAGCCGGCUGCAGCUCCCGCCAGUGCCGAAGAACCUUCCUUCCUCCUCCUCCUUUACCUUUCCCCCUCUUCCCAUCUCCCUCAGCUCCGGUCGCAGACACCGUGACAGCAAGAGACAGGGUGACAUGAGAGAUUCGACUGCACCCUGCCCUGGACAGCUUACAGAUAGAAGAAUUAACCCGUAAAGAGACUGAAGUGGGUUUCAGGAUGGCAAAAGAAGACCUCCCGAGUACCUCAAAGGACUUGCAGGAACUGCAGAGGAAGCUGUCUUUGCUGAUUGAGUCUAUCCAGAAUAACUCAAAGGUGGUUGCCUUUAUGAAGUCUCCGGUGGGUCAGUACCUGGACAGGCAUCCUUUUCUGGCCCUCACUAUGCUGGUGUUUGUUGCUGUGUCAGCCAUUCCUGUUGGAUUCUUCCUGCUCCUUGUGGUGCUUACCUCCCUGGCUGCUCUUGUGGGAGUCAUUUUACUGGAAGGACUGGUCAUCUCUGUGGGUGGCCUCUCACUGCUUUGUGUCCUCUGUGGCUUGAGCUUUGUGUCACUCGUCAUGUCAGGGACAAUCAUGGUGUCCUAUGUGAUGGUCUCCAGCCUUGUCAACUACUGGUUUUCUCCCAGAUGCCGUCUGCGACCGUACCCACAUCCUUUGCUGCCGUGUCACUGAACUCCAGAGAUCGCCGGUUUCAUGAAACGGAAUGUGAGUGAUUGGCUUCCCCUAAAAUUGUCCCCAUUGAAGUAACCAUUUCAACUACCACUUGUGUGCAACUUCUGCAGUCUGCUCCGUGUAGAACAGGGUGUCAUAGGUAAGUGAUGAAUCCCUGUAUUCUACUCCUGCAACCGAUAUUGCACUGUAUGUUAACUAACUAGAAUUUAAAUAGAAGUUGGAAAAGAGAGAAAAAAAAGGGAGAUUGAGCCCAGAAGUUGCGGCAUUCUGGCAAAGGCAGAUCAGGUGUGAGUUGUCCCAAGAAGGUUGAGAAUGACUAACGGUACUUUCAUGAGGUUCUGCUGUGCUUCCUUGAGCAGGAGAGAAAAGGUGGAGCUAGAGAGAGGACGUAGAAUUUGAGAGUAACCUUACCUAUGCCAUGACAUCCCCCAGAACCCCUGUGCGUGCAUGCAUACACAUAUCCUGAGUGAUUAAAUUAUGCGUGCACGCACACACACACACACACACACACUGAGUGAUUGGUAAGAGCUGUGACAACUACGAAUUAUUAAAGUGCUUUCUUUGCCUUCCUGAAGGAAAGGAAGGGGGUAGGGAUUACAUACAAAUUUGGUGUGCCUCUUGGGUGUGUCGUUAGGGUGGAUACUAUCCAUCAUGUGUGUGGCAGAAAAGUUGAAAAUCAAUGGUGUUGGGCAUCCCCUUUCCAAACCUCCCUUUUUGAAACAUUUCCACCUUCCAUAGUCCAGCUUAAAUUGAAGUCAUGUCUUGCUGUGUGCACUGUCUUUAUAUGUACAGCCCUUGUGGACCAGGCAUGGUGAGCAAGUGACAACCUCUCUGUGUGUUGACUUCCUCAGUCUGUAGUGAGAAUGCUACCCACCCAGAAUCUUUGGGAGGUGGAGGCAAGUGAUCUCUAGAUUAUAAAAGUGCUACAACACAGUGGAACAAUUAUACCCUUGCUCAACGAAAUUGUCUCUUGUUUGGUGCUAUUCUCUUGCAUUUGUCCUUCCUCCCACCCUGCUUACGUGCCUCCUCUCCACCAGUGCUCUGGGGAUGGAAACAAAGUCUGUCUAUUCACUUUGGGUAGCCUAUAACCUUAUACAUAGAAGCCCCUGAACAACAUUUUCCAUUGACUACAAAGAUCAAGAAGUCUGGAUCUAUAGCCUGUUAUAGUCUGGCAGCAUCUGGAGGCAUUUUUGAUUGUCAUGACUGUGUGUGUUUGGAAGAGGGGGUGAGACUGGCAUCUGGUGGGUUGAGGCCAGGGAUGCUGCUAACCAUCCUACAGUGCAUAUGACACCUCCUUACAAAAAGAUUAUCUGGGCCCAAAUGUUGGUGCCAAGGUUGAGAAAUCUUGAUGUAGACAAAUAAUGAGAAUUAAGAGCAUUAGGCCAAGCAAGGCACAGUUCAUCUGGGAUCAGAGACUGGAGUUGGCCAGGUCUGUGCUAGAGCAGCCAGUUACAGUAAUGGCAUCAGGAAAACACCUUCAUGUUUGUGAAACAAACAUUUCAGGUUUUCAAAGACCUUUCACAUCGAUUACUAUUUUUGACCUUUCACAACAGUUUUGCAAGGUCACUCUGUUCCAACUUCAUGCCAUACUCAUCAGCUGGCAGAAGAGGAAACUGGGCCAACAGUUUGCCAGAGGUCUCAGGGCUGGCUGGUGACUAGCCCAUCACCAGCCUGCUAGGUCAGGCACUGUUUGUUCAUCUCUCCCUGCUUUGUUGUUAAAGCAGAAAUGACAUGGGGCACCUGGGUGGCUCAGUCGGUUAAGCUCCAACUUCAGCUCAGGUCAUGAUCUCACAGUUCGUGGGUUCGAGCCCUGCGUUGGGCUCUGUGCUGACAGCUGGGAGCCUGAAGCAUGCUUUGGAUUCUGGGUCUCCCUCUCUCUGUCUGCCUUUCUCUCUUUCUCUCUCAAAAAUAAAUAAAAAUUGGGGCGCCUGGGUGGUUCAGUCGGUUAAGCGUCCGACUUCGGCUCAGGUCAUGAUCUCUCGGUCCGUGAGUUCAAGCCCCGUGUCGGGCUCUGUGCUGACAGCUCAGAGCCUGGAGCCUGUUUCAGAUUCUGUGUCUCCCUCUCUCUGACCCUCCCCUGUUCAUGCUCUGUCUCUCCCUGUCUCAAAAAUAAAUAAAACGUUAAAAAAUUAAAAUAAAUAAAUAAAUAAAUAAAUAUUACCAAAAAAAGCAGAAAUGACAAGGCUGGCUGUCGGCAUUGUUCAAGUUUCCAAAACGCGGGAGGAGACUCAAGGUCCUAUACAUAUGCUAUGCCCCUGUUUAGGUGCUGGAGCUAGCUUCAAGCCUCAUUUGAAACCCUUAAAAAAAAAAACAGCCCUUAUGCCCCUGUUUAGGUGCUGGAGCUAGCUUCAAGCCCCAUUUGAAACCCUUAAAAAAAAAAAACAAA